CUUUAGGACAGUCGUUUAACAACAUUGUAAAAAAAUGUUUAAAGAUUUAAAAAAUCUUCUCGACAGAAGUUACAGCUAUAAAAAAUCUCUCAAGAGACAAAAUAUAAAGCAAGAAAAUGUGAAUUUAUUAAGAGAAAAAGUUAAGAACUCAAAAUAUGUGCCUAGGUCGCUAACUGAUAAGCAGCUAUUGUUUUUUCUUAAUAGAAAUAGAUGUGAUAUUGAUAGAGUUGCAACAUUAAUGGAAAAUUAUUACAAGAAUGGAACCAUAAUUCCUGAAUUCUUUAAAGAUCGUGAUGUGUUUUCCAAAAAAAUACAAAAUUGCUUAGAAAAUCAGUAUUUUAUUAUGCUACCGAUUACAUCAAAUAAUCAGAUGCUGUUUUAUCAUAGCUUAAAAAAUUUUGAUUCAACAACUUAUGAAUUUGAUACUGCAGCAAAAGUUUUCUGCAUGUUAUUUGAAGCUCACACUUGCAUUCAUGGACCUUUAUCAGAAGCAGUAUUCAUUUUUGAUUUGAGAGGAUUAAAUUUUAGAUUUCUUUUGAAGCCAAGCAUUUCAUCUGUAAGAAGAGGAUUUAAAUUCCUAAAUGGAGCAAACCCAAUAAAAAUCAAAAAAAUAAAUGUUCUCAACACGGUUCCACUGUUUGACUUUAUUGCUUCACUGAUCAAACCUUUCAUAAAACCUAAAAUCUUCCAGAGGAUUCAUCUUCACCAUUCGGACAUUGAUUAUGAAAAGUUUUAUGAGAAUGAGAUUCCAAGAAGUCACUUACCAAAGGAAUAUGGCGGAACUUUAGGAACACUUGAUGAACUUCAAGCAGAAACCACAAAAAAGUUGAUGGACUUAAGAGAUUAUUUCAUAUUAGAAGAGAAGCAGAGAGAAUUAGAGUUUGAAGAUUACAUCCGAAAGCAUCCAAAGGACGUGAAAUGUCAUGACUAAUAAUACAUUAAGAUAAACAUAAAAUAUUUUAAGCAAAAAAAAAAGUAAAAGUGACUUAACAAGUUUGUGGCAAAAAGGAAGAGGAAUUUAAUAAAACAAGAAUUUAAACAAAA